AUGGUUCACGGAGGCAUGGACGGAUAUGAUUGGCUUCAGCAUUUUCUUCCAGCCGAUACUCAAACCGGCCACGACCCCAGUUCUGACAUUGAGGCUCAUGAAACACAUCCGGCAUUUCACGAUGCGGAGGAGGUGGCUAAAGCGGCCGUUAUGCACCAGCAGGCACAGAAGACAUAUAUGUUAAUGAGGUCAACCUAUCCUAAUCAUGCCUCGAAUCCGUCUCAGGCGUACUCCCAAGCCUCGGGUGAACAGUAUGGAGGAAAUAAACACCAACGAAAUAGCAAUAUUCAAUCCAACAAUGCUCCUUAUGGCCCCUCUGAAUACCAAACAGCUCGCUCUCGCAAUAUAACUCAACGGCCAAAUCCCUCCGCUCUGUCCCAAAAAGACUCGGAUGCUCUGGCACGUCAAGAUGCAUAUCGCCGCGCCCAAAUUCCUGUUGGGCCCCCGCAGAGAUCUCCUAACUCCAGAGCUGUGUCCACAUCACGAAGCCCGUAUCAGGGCUACUCGGCAACCCCAAAUCAGAAUUUCCAGAUCUCGAUGCAGCGGUACAUGACACAAGGAAUGGCAGCACAAGUUCAAAGAACGUCCGCAUCGCAAAGUCCUUCUUACACCCACUCUACAAUUCCACCCCACAAUACUCAGCGAUCACCUUAUUCCACUACGGACAUCCCUCCAGUUCAAAGGACACAUACACCUGUGGCACGGUCCCAAUCACAUAAAAGACCGUAUCAGAGCUACUCUACCACCCCUGCCCAGGACACGCAACAAGUAUAUAUUUCAGCUGCAGCUCAAAGGACACAUGUACCGGUAACAAGGCCCCGAGAAUCGCAGAGUCCAUAUGAAAGCCCAUAUGAAAGCCAUUCCACGAUCCCCCAGAAUGCUCAAGGAUCACCUCACCAGAAUGCGCCGCGAAGCUCCUACUCGAUGGGUGCUGAGAUUGACACCGCUUUGGACUCGCCGAAGGGAUUGAAACCCUCAGCGGCACGCAGCACAGUUGAAUCCCGCCAUUCGAUUACACCAGCCAUGAGCACUCGGGAGGGUCCGUCUACUAAUUCCGCGAGGUCAAACCCAAUUUCGCCUUUACCCUCAUUUCGCAAUCAAGAUCAUGUGCAGUCAGCCGUACCAAUAGCGCCUGAUAGGGUUCGCAGCCCCGCAACAUUCCAGCCUGUCUCAACUCGCAGUCCUUCUGUUUCUUUUGUCUCCUCUGCCCCUGCCCCUCCAGCGCCCCCUACACAGGCAUCAAACCAGACAAACCAGAAGCCUCCGAUCUCCCGACAAAACGUACAGAGCACGCCAGUGGUAUCCUCAGCCUCUGUGUCAUUCACUCCCCCCGUGGCCUCUCACACGGGGCACAACUCUUCGCAUACUUCAGGUCCUCGACGAGGUACAAUUUCUGACUCGGCCGUGGCACAGCAGCCUACUGCUGGGAAUGCGCAGUCGCGGGGUCACCCACUGCCGAUACCACCGCCCCAUCAGCAAAAACGGUGGGUUCCAUCCCAAGAUCAUUCUCAUGGUUCUAUGCCACCCGCGAAGAUGCGACGGUUGGACAAUGGCGGAAGUCAAACAAUGCCUCCCCGAAACGACCCAUCUGCAGGUAGCUCGGUACCAGGGGCCCGAGUUCCUAUGGUACAAGCUCGGCCUCGAGGCGUUGACAAGAACCGUGACUACGUAGUCCAGCCGAUAAGACAGAGCGAUUUACUGCGAAAGCAAUCCUAUAAUCCCGCCACUAUCGCGCGGGAUAUACUGAUUUCUGCAGGAAAACACCCGACGGAAAAGCCUCUAAAUCAUCAUCUUGAAGCGCUACGCCUUCAUCUUACCAAAGCCGACAUAAUCGCAGACCUGGCGACGAUUCGUUGGGAUCUGGUGGACGUCAAGCCUCAAGUCGGUCGCAUGCCUCCGGUCUCUGCACCCCAAAUGCCAUCUCUACCACCUCCUCAUUCUCGACCACUUCCCACUGAUUCUCGACCACUUCCCACUCAUUCCCGACCACUUCCCACUGAUUCUCGACCACUUCCCACUCAUUCCCGACCACUUCCUACUCAUUCCCGACCACUUCCUCAUCCUCAACCACCACAAAUGCCACCUCUUCGACCACCUCAUCCUCAAUCGCUGCAAGCAGAUCAGCAAUUACUUCCGCGUGCUACACCAAAUCAUGCGAUUGCACGUGACCACGCAUCGCUGCCGUCGCGUGACACACCGCCAAACCGUCAAGUCGCAACGCCGGAAAGUAUCGACGCGCGCGCUUCUGGAGGUUUCAACCCUUGGGGUACUUUGUCUUUCCAAGCUCCGACGAAUUAUUCUUCACAUAAAUUUUCUUCCAACUUCCCUUCUGGACUUCCGAGAAUUGACCCCGUGCCUGCGUCGCCGAAUUUCUCGUGUGGCAAAUCCGUCCCAUUCCCAACCCCCCCGUCACCGCAACCGCAACCGCAACCACCACCACAACAGCGACCACCCUCGACCACAAAGAGUGCAGCUCCACCAAAAUCCCCGCCGGCCAGAAAACAAGCGACCCCCCAAUCUAUAACGCAGCCUACACCUCAAGGGCAGACUGUCAAGAGCCAAUCAGACUCUAAUCGGACUGUCAAAUCCCCAGAGGCAAGGUGUCUUUCGCAGCCACAAGUUGUUAUCCCUCUAUCACCCAAGAUGGCACCGAAGAGAAGACCAGGACGACCUCCCAGGAGCGUGGCGAACAAUGUUGAAGUUGCCAUCCCCCGUGAACAGCCCGUGCAUUAUCAAAUAUUCCCAUGCAAGUGGGAGGGAUGCAUUGCAGAACUUCACAACCUUGACUCAGUUCGGGCUCACAUUGUGAAAGUUCACAUCCCACACUCUCUUGUGUGCAAAUGGGAAGACUGUGACAAUAAGACACCAAUGGCUGCAGCCGAUAUGUUUAGGCAUUUGUCGAGCGAGCACAUUUCCAAAAUGGCUUGGGCGCUUGGAGAUGGACCAAAAGUACCAGUAACUGCGGAAAUUCAAUCGAAUCACCCUUCAGUUAUGGGUGACCGGAGUGCCCGCAAAGGGACCAUGAUCUUGCCAGUGGAACAGAUCGCAGUCGAGGCCUUUAGCAAGGUCCAUGGGAAAUCGACGAUUAAGACCAAGGCGCAAGCCCUACUCGAAGCUGGCCGACACUGGAAACAGCAGAUUGGGCCUGAUAUGGACUGGAGUGACCGUCGUCUGUCGACACCGGCGCGGCAGAAUAAUGUACACUGUGGGGAGAUGGCAUUUGUUGCGAAUGAUUGA